AUGAUCUUUGUUGCUCAGAUGAUGAAGGGGCUGACAAGUAGAUGGUGGAAUACGGAAUCUACGUAUUUCACUUACCGAGGAAUCCCAAAGGAUUGGCAACACUUUAAGACGGCAUUAUUGGAGAAGUACUAUCCCAACAGUGUGCGUGCUUUGAAGGAGCGUGAGUUUCAAUCUUUCAAACAAGGCAACAUGUCGGUGUCCGAAUAUGCUGAGAAAUUCGAAGACAUGGCUGCCUAUUCUAGACAAGCUGCCUAUGCUCCAGAUGAGUUGUGGAAGAUCGACCAGUUUCUUAUGGGGUUGAAUGCUGAUAUUAUGCACAGUGUGUCUCAAAGAGAGUUUACCACUUAUGCUGAGUGUUUGAGGCAAUGCUAUGUUGCUGAGAACACAUUGAAGAGGGUCCAGGAAGAAAGAAAACAGAACAGAUUAGUUCUUAGGGAACAAGGGAAAUCAGGACAGCACUUGAAACCCUGUACUCCUCCAUCGGCUAAGAAACAGACCUAUGGUGGUAACUCAGCUCUGCCUCCUUGGAAGGAUUGCCCUGUGCGAGAUGCUCCCGAAAAGACUUCAGAUCGUGUUUACACCUUGGACGCUAGGAAGGCCCAAGGAAACACUAAUCUUGUUGCUGGUACGUGUUAUGUUAAUAAUCAGCCCUUGUUUGUGUUAGUUGAUUGUGGAGUAACACAUUCUUUCGUUUCUUAUCAUUGUGUGCGGAGGCUUGGUUUUGAGACGAGUCUUCUUCCUAAUCCUAUGAUUAUCUCGUCGGCUACUGACGAUGUAGUCGAAGCUCGAGAAAUUUGUAGGGAUUAUGUUAUUUUCAAUGGUCGUAGAUUCUUGAUUGACCUCAUUUGUCUACCGCUUAAAAAGAUCGAUGUAGUAUUGGGUAUGGAUUGGUUGUCAGCUAACUCGGUGUACAUCGGUUGUAAAGAGAAGGCUAUCUUCAUUCCUGCUGAGGAGACUACAUCAACCGAGGCCAUUGAACGUCUUCUUGAAGAUACGGUUAACAUGAUCAAUUACCUUUUUGCUCAAGAGAAGUCUUUCCUUUUGGUUCUUACGUCGGACUCCAAGGACAAGAAGAGUGUAUUGGAGAUUCCGGUUGUGUGUGAAUUUUCCGAUGUAUUUCCUGAGGAUGUUACUUCUAUUCCGCCAGAAAGGGAAGUUGAAUUUUCUAUUGAUCUGGUUCCAGGUACCGUUCCAGUUUCGAUUACCCCUUACCGGAUGUCUCCUGCCAAAUUAAGGGAGUUGAAAAGUCAGCUAGAAGAGUUGACGAGAUACGGUCAUUAUGAGUUAUUGGUUAUGCCGUUCGGGGUAACCAAUGCUCCUGCUGUUUUUAUGGAUUACAUGAACCGAGUGUUUCAACCGUAUUUGGAUCAGUUCGUGGUAAUCUUCAUAGAUGACAUCUUGAUCUACUCUCGGACUAUCGACGAGCACAUGGAGCAUUUGAGGAUUGUGUUGUCGGUCCUUCGAGAAAAUCAGAUGUUUACAAAGUUUAGCAAGUGUGAGUUCUGGAUGUCUAAAGUCAAGUUUCUUGGACAUGUCAUAUCUGGCGGCGGCGUAGUUGUAGACCCUUCAAAAGUAGAAGCAGUAAUAAAUUGGGAACGACCCAAGAAUGCAACUGAGGUCCGUAGUUUCCUAGGCUUGGCAGGUUACUGUCGGAGGUUCAUUAUGGGCUUUUCCAAGUUGGCAUUACCUUUGACCAGGCUUACAAGGAAGGAGGUUUCGUUUAGUUGA